CACGCUGAAGCACAUCCGUAGCCAUUUUGGCUCAAGGUCCGUAGCCAUUUUGGCUCGCGCCUUUUUGCUGCACUGCCCGUUCGGUCGUCUGCCGCGGCGGUGCGAGCAUCGGGCUGCGGUCGGGCGGCGCCGAGGAGCUGGCAGGCGCUGCCGAGCUCUUGAAGGCCGCCGCCCACGGAGCUGCGCGCGGAGCAGCGGCAGGCGGCGGCCCCAGGCAGGUAGUCGCGGCAGCAGUGGCCGCAGCUGUGCGCACGGUUUGGGCGCUGCUGGACGGCGGCGACGCGGCGCGCGCCGAGGAGGGCCUCGAGCUCGCCAUGCGCCAGGCCGCCAUGGAGCCGGCUAUGCGCCAGCAGAUGCGGGGCGCGCGGCCUUGCGGCAGGGACCGCGCCUUGCGCAACGUCGGCGCGCACGUCGACUUCGGCAAGGGCGUGGAGGUCCUGCAGAAGGCCCUCUCUCGACCGCAGGGCGCGCAGCGCGGCGGCCGACGCGCGGCCCGCGCGGCGGACCCGCCCCCGGCGGCAGGCGAGGCAGCUGCGAGCCCGGCGCAGGCCGCGCCCGACCUCGGGCCGCCUCGGGCCGUGGCCAAAUCGGGGGCGCCUGUUGCGCGGGCCCCUGCGGCCGUCGGAGCGGCCGGCGCCGAGGCGGAGGCAGGCGGCAGGCCCCGCGGCCACCGCCGUCGGCGCCGCCGCGCCGAGGCUGCACCGGUGGGCUCCUGGCCGUAGGAGGGCGACGGCAGCGGCUGCAGCCUCAGCACGGUCGGCAGCGACCAGGAGCUGGAGGACGGGCUGAAGGCGAGGCGCCGCGGCCAAGUGGCCACUGCGGAGCCGCCCGCCCAGCCGCACAUUGGUGGCAUGGCCCCAGGCGCGUGGCUUCACGGCGACGCUGGGGCCGAGGCUCAGGCGCGGGCGUUCGGGCAUGGCUUGUCUGCGGGCUGGAAGCUCGCGGAGACCGCGCAGCCCGAGGAGGCUCCUGAGCGCGGCGGGGGCGACUGGUUCGAGUCGGAGGUGGCCCCGAGCGGCUCCGCAGUGGCUUGCGCCGAGCCUGUUGCGCGCCAGCGGGCGGCGGAGCUGGCUGCCACCCCGCUCUUCCCGACGCGCAGGGCCGAGCAGCGCAGCCGCGAGCCGUCCGAGCGCGACGAGGGCGAGCUGCGCGACGUGGACGGGCACGACGACGCCGAGCAGAGGCGGCAGCGCAGCGUGAACUGGGACGACGGCGGGUCGGAGGGAUCCGCGCAGAGCGUGAAGAUCGGGCGUCAGGCCUUGUCCACGGAACGCGUGGUCGCCUGCGUCCUGGCCACGCAGCUUCGGUUCAUCGGGAGCACAGUGUCCAGCUCCUCGGCCUUCCUUUCUCUCGGCGGCUGCGUGAAGAACGCCGCUCGGGUCGUGGAGAUGCUCGAGAAGAGGUUCGGUGUCUCGCUUCCUAGCUCGGCCGAGUCCGACUUGCUACAUCGCCGACCAAGUGCAGCGCAGGGUCGACUCGAGCACGCGGUAAGGUGCGGCUGCCUCGUGUGUCUCCCUGCUGUUUCGGACAUCGCUUCCCCUUCUGAGUGAGUGGCCCCCUGUAUUUGGGUGCGUUCUCUGACGCAUCACGAUAUUGUUGAGGGCGCACUCUCUCUGUCAUGUGAGUGGCUUCCUGCAUCUGUUUGUGUACUUCGUUACAUUUCUUUGCAGUCGAUUGCGCACUCUCAGUGAAGUGUUCCGAGCCUGGAGCCUUCGUUGCCCAGGCUUGAAGAGGCCUGGAGGUGGCUGGAGUGGCGGCCCGUGGGACCCUCGGGCCCUGCCCCACCUCGGCCUUUCGGGGAGGGCUGGCCCACUGCGGCCCCCUCGGUUUUUGGAGGGUGGCCCAGAGCGGCCCCCUCGUGCGUUCGCUGACUUGCCUUUACGGCCCCUCCAACCAACCAACCAACACGCAGAAGCACGGCAGAACACAUAG